UUAGAGGAGUAAGUAUGUAAUAGGGACAAUAGAGGAAGAAUGAGAGGCUCUAGCACUGAUCCAGCUUUUUCCUGGAGGCGCAUGACAUAAUAUCUCUCUCUCUUCUCCAACCUCUCUCAUAUAUGUAAAGACAAAACCAAAACCGUGUUUAUGCUUCAGCCCUUCAUCAUAUAGAUCUGCCUGAAAAAAACCCUUGCGAUCAGAUCCAGCCCAAUUAAUCUCUCUCUCUAGAAUGUCUUCCCAGCGCGCAGAUCUAGCGUGCCGGAUCUUCCCGGAGCCCGAAAUCGACCACUUCGACCGGCUACCGGACUCGCUCCUCCUUUUGGUUUUCAACAAGAUCGGCGACGUCAAAGCCCUAGGCCGCUGCUGCGUCGUCUCGCGCCGCUUCCACUCCCUCGUCCCGCAGGUCGAAAACGUCGUCGUCCGCGUCGACUGCGUCAUCUCCGACGACGACUCUUCCUCCUCCUCCGCCGCCUCCGACAAGUCCCGCGGCCCCUUCUGGAACCUCCUCCGCCUCGUCUUCGGCGGAAUCGUGAAACCCAUUCAAACCCUCGGCCAGUUUCUCGGCCCCAAACGCCCCUCCUCCUCCGCCGCCGCUACCGCCACCGCCGCCACAUCCCCUUCCUCUACCUCCUCCCUCGCCGUCGGUUCCGACGAAGACUCUGACGGCGGCGUCACCCACCACUCCCCAACCCAAGUCCUCAAGAACUUCAACGAGAUUCGCCUCCUCCGGAUCGAGCUCCCCAGCGGCGAGCUAGGCAUCGAAGACGGUGUGCUCCUCAAAUGGCGCGCCGAUUUCGGAUCAACCCUAGACAAUUGCGUCAUCCUCGGCGCCUCCUCCGUUUUCCACCCUAAAGACCUAACCGACCCCACCACCACCAAUUGCAACGCAAACGACGACAAUGGAAGCAUCCCUGACUCCUUCUACACCAACGGCGGCCUCAAACUGCGCGUCGUUUGGACCAUAAGCUCCCUCAUCGCCGCCUCCGCCAGACAUUACUUGCUUCAACCGAUAAUCUCUGAGCACGCCACCCUCGACAACUUGUUGCUCACUGACGCCGAUGGCCAGGGGGUGCUUUACAUGAACCGGGAGCAGCUGGAAGAGCUGAGGGUGAAGCCGCUAUCGGCGUCGUCGGCGUCGAAGAGGACUCUUGUCCCGGCGCUCAACAUGAGGCUCUGGUACGCGCCUCACCUGGAAUUACCAACUGGGGUUGUGUUGAAGGGUGCCACGCUUGUUGCUAUUAGACCCAGCGAGCAAUCCCCCAACACGGCCAAGAAGGAGGCGUCGGAUUUGUCGUGGGUUUCGACGGCGUUUGAGGAGCCGUAUAGGACGGCCGCCACAAUGCUUGUCAAGAGGAGGACUUAUUGCCUUGAGAUGAACUCAUUCUGAUGCGUUUCUGAGGGAAUGCAGAAUCAUUUUACAGGGGAGAAAAUGUUAAGUUCUUCAUAGAAGGGAAUCAGGAAACUCAAAUUUUCUUUGGGCGGACAUGAAGUGGAAGCAGCUUGGUCGCUGGAAUCCUGCUCUUUCCGGCUUCUGAAACUGUGGCCCACAUUUGAGUAGUUACUAAAAGGAGCUGCAAAUCAUUCACCAAUCAUGCUUGAACUGAAAACUGAAUGCAUCUGCUGGGUUUUUUUAAUUUGAGGCAAUGCUUGUAAGAGUGCACACCCUGCAACUAGGAAUGAUCAUGUAAGAGCUUUAAGUUUGUAGUCAUCUGCCCUUAUAAGAUCGCCGUGUGAAUAUUCUAGGUAUCAGUUUGGUUUGCCUUUGUGAUAUAUUUUUCUCAAGUUAAAUGAGCAAUGUACUUUGCCUCUGUAAUUUUAAAUAACUUCUGGAUGAGUCAAUCAUACCAAAUGCAAUACCUGUUCCUGCA